AAAUGAGCAUCAAACAAUGUGAAUCACUUGACUUUGUGACCAUCCAUGGCUUCACUCACGUGUCUCCACCCAACUCACCCUCUUCUUCUUCAUCUCGGUUCAGCUCUUCCCGCCAUUUCCAACCGCUGCUUCAACUAUUCCUCCUCACUGAACCGGACCCUCUCUGCAAAAUCUCCUCGAACAGCUCCUCCACGCGCCAUGACCAAGCCUAGUUUCUCACCAGCUGAAGACCAAGUUGCUUCUCCUGGUGAUUUUGAAUUUGUGCCACCCCUGAGAAUUGUGGAGUAUCCAGACCCGAAAUUGAGGGUAAAAAAUAAGCGCAUAGUUACAUUCGAUGAUAAUCUGAAGAAACUUGUCCACGAAAUGUUUGAUGUUAUGUACAAGUAA